AUGACACCUGCUAAAAAAAAUGAAGCGUAUAUUAACUGGAAAGAUUAUAUCCUUUUUAGGGUAUUUUUUAAAUCCUUGUCAACAUUUAUACAAAUUUCGAAUGACAUUGAUAGUUUGAUUCAGCAGAAUUUAGUGUCCGUAAAAGAUAGGGAACCCAAUAAUUUUAAUAAUAUUUGUCAGAAAAUAAGAGAACUAUAUAAUAUUAUGUCUUAUAAUGAUUAUUGUAAAAACGAAAAAUGUUGUAACUACAUUAACUACUAUAUUAGAGAAAAAAUUACAGAUUAUUUUAAAUAUAAUGAUGAGGAAAUUAAUAAACAUUUUAAUAUAUUUGUUGAACGUAUUAAAACUGAUAAUCCUUAUAAUAUAUGUUUGCUUGAAAUAAAAUAUAUAGAAAAAGCAGAAUUUGAUAAAAUGAAUAAAUUAUAUGAUUUAUAUGAAAUUUAUGAAAAUAUUUUAAAUUCGAAUUCAGAAGAUAAUAAUUAUCCUAAUGAUUGCGAAUAUUUAAAUGAUUUCAUUGAAGAAUAUAAUGAAAUUAUCGUAGAACAUAAAGAUGAUACAUAUUUCAACAAAGAAUUAAAAAAUCUCAGAUGCUCAAUAGAAAAUAAUAAGUUAUAUAAUAAUUGCAAAGAUAGGUUAACAGAUACGUUCAAUAAUUCACAUAAUAUAAUAAAUUGUAAUGGACCUGAGGAAAUAAAAUAUUUAAAGGAAUAUUCAAAACAAAUUUAUUCGUACAUUAGUGCAAGGUCUUCUAUUCAACCAGCUAAUAUGAAUGUUAUAAUAGCAACUACACUUAGUAGUGUAAUUUUAGUAACAGUACUAUAUUAUAUCUAUAAGCUUACUACAGCAAGAAAUUAUUUACGUAAUCGCUUUCGAAGAAUAAAUAAAAAUAUAAGAGACGAAACAUACGAGCAUCCAAUGUGGAACAGAAAACAUUAUCAUAGGAAUUCUAAAGGAAAAUGUUAUAAUGUAUCAUAUGUUUCAGAAAGAAAAUACUAA